UCACAGGUUUGGAAAAAGGCAGCUGUCGUGCUGCUCCCUCCUACAGAGCAGAACAAACGCUAUAUUCAUCUGAACCUGAAACUCCCCCGAGCAACUUCAGGACAGACGGAGCACAAUAAUAUCAUUAAUGCAGCUGGACGCAGACACGCACGCCGUCUGAUCUGAUCCACUGUCAGUUCUUACAAUGUGGAAGAUCUGCGGUGUCCUGCUCGCCUGGGCUCUGCUGCUCAUUCUGCACGUGCGAGCUCAGACUCCGAACAGACAGAGCUUCACGUGUGGUGGGAAUAUCACAGGAGAGUCGGGUGUUAUUGGUAGUCAGGGUUAUCCGGGCGUCUAUCCGCCGAAUACCAAAUGUGUGUGGAGAAUUACAGUUCCAGAGGGCAAAGUGGUCGUCCUCUCAUUUCGUUUUCUCGACUUAGAGAGUGACAACCUGUGCCGCUACGAUUAUGUGGAUGUUUAUAGUGGCCAUGCCAAUGGACAGCGUCUCGGCCGCUUCUGUGGGACAUUCAGGCCAGGAGCCCUUGUUUCUACAAGCAACAAGAUGCUUGUACAAAUGAUUUCUGAUGCCAACACAGCUGGCAGCGGCUUCCUGGCUGUGUACUCUGCUGCCAACCCAAAUGAACGAGGGGAUCAGUACUGUGGUGGGAGAUUAAUGAAGCCGUCAGGAACCUUCAAGACCCCCAACUGGCCAGAGAAAGACUAUCCUGCUGGAGUCACAUGUUCUUGGCAUAUAGUAGCACCGAAGAACCAGAUUAUAGAGGUGAAAUUUGAGAAAUUUGAUGUGGAGAGGGACAACUACUGCCGUUAUGAUUAUGUAGCAAUUUUUAAUGGUGGAGAAAUCAAUGAUGCUAAAAGAAUUGGGAAAUACUGUGGUGACAGCCCACCCGCACCCGUGUUCUCAGAGGGGAAUCAGCUCUUCAUUCAGUUCCUCUCAGAUCUCAGUUUAACAGCGGAUGGCUUUAUUGGUCAUUACAAAUUUAGACCCAAGAAGUUUCCCUCCACAACCGUUCCACCAACCACGUCAGCACCACCCACCACCACCAGACCGAUACCUUUGAAGUACUCUGCAGCGCUGUGUCAACAGAAAUGCAAACGGAAGGGAACCCCUGAGAGCCACUACUGUUCCAGCAACUUUGUGAUCACUGGAACAGUCAUCACCGCUGUAACGCGAGGAGGUAGCAUGUAUGCCACCAUCUCCAUAAUCAAUGUCUACAAGGAAGGUAACCUUGCUAUCCAGCAGGCUGGCAAAACCAUGAGCACAAAGAUUGUCAUCCUUUGCAAGAAGUGCCCCUACGUCAGACGAGGUUUGAACUACAUCUUCAUGGGCCAGGCAGAUGAGGAGGGCCGUGGCAUGAUCGCCCCCCAUCAUUUCAUCAUGGCUUUCAAGGCCAAGCACCAGAGGGCCUUCAACAUGCUGAAGAACAAACGCUGCUGAGCUCUUACCGACAAACUUUGCUCUCAAAAUCCACACAUGGGUGUGUGAUGUCUUCAUAUUUGCCCUGCAUGUCCCAACUUCCUUCAUCGCUCAUUCCAGAGGAGCCCGAAGGCUGUUGAAGCACAUGGCACACGCCUGGUUGGGCUCUCUUGGUUCCUACUUCUCUUCUUACUGUUGUGAUGAGCAUCAAAAUGGCAGCAAGAGCAAAAAUAGUAAGACAUGACAGAUGAAGAAAGCUAAAAUGUAAAGAUCAAGAUGACGGUGUUUUGAAUGGCACAGUUUUCAAGAUAUUUCUAGAUUUUUGAUCAAAUAGCAAAAUUGGAGGAGCUGAUAAUGUCUAAAAGGCAAUAAACUAGUAGCACACCUUUGAAAUAAUGCUGGAUAUGUCACAUUUUGUCUAUAAAAUAUUUUAAUAGAAACGGAUACCUAGUGGUAAAUGUUAAGUUAUAAAUUAUUUGUUUAAUGAAAGAAAAAAUAAAAUUCAUUAUCAGUUAA